UCUCAUCUGAGAGGGAUGUAGAAAUCGGUCCAGUUCUGCCUUACAACAGCCAGCGGCGAGGAUUGAGGAGCGGACCUCCCAGCAAACAACAUUCCACCUACCCAGAACAUGAAUGGCAUUUAAUGGCAAAUUUCUAGACAGAAAAGACUUACGAUGGAGCCGGAGCCUUAGGGCUGCACCCCUACCGAGUUAUUGGACGCCCCCAUCUAUGCAAGCCUUGCCGAAAGGAGAUCCACUGAUGGCGUUGGUGACGUCUCGUGGGUUGGUGAAGGGCGUACCGCCAUCCUUAGGACGCACAAGAACCACCAUAAAUGUAGUGUGUUUAGUUAAAAGGAUCUUUAAAAUUACUCCCAGUAUGUUCUUGACUAAUAUUCUGUUGAAGAAAGUCAAAUCCAAGAAAAUAAUGGUUAUAAUGGAGAGUAUUGUGAGUGGCCACACCUUCAAUGUUAUCAGGCCACGACUUGCAGAGAAGCUGGAGUUCAUUGCUUAUGAUCCCUACAUUCGGAUGGAGAGCGUUUAUAGGGAGAAGAAGAAACUCCGAAGUGCAUAACAUAUUUUGUUUCAUUUUAUUUGAACAUUAAUUGAUUUGGUAAAAAAUUAGCAAUUGUAUAUAAUGCUUGCUCAUUUUUUUUUCCAAUAAAAUUUGUAGAUGUAA